AUGUCUGUCACUCUCGCACCCAACACCUCACUUACACCCAACACGUCUUUAACUACCUCUAAUUCUAUCGAUAAUCAAUUGGAGAAACUCUGUCAACUCAAUUUUGAGUUCCUAACAACCCCAGCACGCAAGCUCAGGGAGAAGGAUAUCAUUCCUGUCGGAGAUCACCCAGAGAGCGGAAGACCACAGUUCGCUCUUGACGGGCGAAUGUCUGAAGCGGCAUGGAGUGCUUUGCUUAAUAGCCUUGAGGUGAUCCAAAGGGCUGAUCAAGGGAGGAAGAAUGACACUCCAGUGUCUGAAGAUUCGGCUCAGAAAGUAGCGUUGCCUCAACCGCCGUUGAAGCUAAUUCUCAAAUACGCGAAAAGUGCUAAUCCGCUUUCUUAUCCGGGGUCUCGACGCCAGAUCAUCUACACCUACUAUGGUGCCAGACUGCUCCUAGUUAGGAUUGUCCAGUGGAUGUCCUUAUGUCAAAUGCGAGCCGUCCAGCUCGAGGAGGAAGGUAUUAAUUCUGGUUGGAAUUGGAAAGCAGCCUUGACAGAGGACACGAUCGCGAUCCCAAACGAUCUUAACGUAUCCGACGAGAUGUUCACAUCACCCAACAUUGAAGCCUACGAUCCUCGUCUCCCGGCUUUCAAUCCGAAACUUAUCUCGAGACAGCAGGAAGUGGAAUCUACGGAAAUGGUUCUUCACCCUUACGCCUCACACUAUGCAUGCCACUUUCCGAACUUCGACCCUUUCAGUGGCAAGGAGUUGAAAGAGAUUAGUGAUUGUUUGGGGAAGGAAUUUUGCACGGUGAACGAAGAAAUUUAG